CAAUCCAAACUAUAACUAUCUUCUCUUUUGAACAGAUAUUUAUCAAUCUCGCCUAUACCCACUCCAUACAAAAUUGUAGAGCUUAUCCCUCAACUCAAUUAACUGCAAAUCUUUAUAUCUGUCUAAUCCUUUUUUAAAAGAACAAAAAAAUCACCUCAUCCAGAGGAGCAACCUGCUUCAUUUUUUUAUUAGUUCCUUAGUUAUAGGAGAAAUGCAUUAAUAUUGACUGAACAAAAAGAGGAAUAACCUGGGUAAAAGACGCUAUGGAUGAUACAGAACUCCUCAACGAAUGGCAGCAGAUCCAAUCAUUCCCAUCUCCUCCCACAGCCCAAUCCAAUGAUCAACGGAACAUACCUGUCAUCCCCCAUCAACAACCAAACUCACCCUCUUAUUCAUCUUCGCCUUCUUCGCAUUCCCUCUCAUCCCCCCCGCCGCCUGAUGAUUUCCGCAGUGAUGACAUAUCGCUCAGGGAAUCUCUGCGUCGAGCGGCUAACGAUUUUGGGAGACAUUUGAAGCUGCCUUUUAGGGUUCUUAGGUUUAGGAUUCUGCAGAUUGCUAAAACACUCCGUUGUUAUGUGGUUUUUCGUAGGGGUUUUUGGUCAUUUGCAUGCGUCGCGGGAGUACUCACAGCAUUAUUGCUGUCCUUGCUGUAUCUCAGAGUUCAGAGAUGGCGGACGAGAAUUCACCAGGACAAUAGCAAUCGUUUCGCGUUUGUGAUUAAACAAAAAGACGAGAAGAUAAGCCAGCUGAUGGUUCAAAUUGCUCAACUGAAUGAAUUACUAUCAGGACGGCGCAGAGUUCCAGUGAUUCGAGUUUCUUGAUUGUGGUUCUGCAAAUACAUCCUUCUUCACCCUGCUCAGAUGAUCUUCAUCACGUUGAUUUUCUCAAAAAUCAUCAACAGAAAAAGCAUCCUUCUUCACCCUCCCUCUCACGCCUCUCUCGAUGUUCAGGUUUAUACAGACAUUGAUAUAAUGCUUAUACAUCUUCUGUUAUACAAACAUUGGGAGCAAAGUCAAUAACCUUUUUUUUUCUCUGUUUUCUGUAGAAAAAUAGUCUGUUCUGUAAUUUUUCGAGUAUUUGCAGAGUUCUCGAGAGGUACUGUAACGGUUCCAGAAAUUUAAAUGAAAUAUAUGUAUUAAAAAUGU